AAGCCCUCAACCCCAUUUUUCUAGGGUUUCAUUCGUAGCGAAACAAAUCUGCCGCAGCGAAGCUCCGAGACGCACAACAAUGGCGAGAAUCAAGGUCCAUGAGCUGCGUCAGAAAUCGAAGGCUGAGCUGCUGAACCAGCUCAAGGAUUUCAAGGCAGAGCUUGCCCUCCUCCGUGUGGCCAAGGUCACCGGCGGUGCACCCAACAAGCUCUCCAAGAUAAAGGUGGUGAGGCUGUCGAUUGCGCAGGUGUUGACUGUGAUCUCGCAGAAGCAGAAGGAGGCUCUGAGGGAAGUUUACAAGAAGAAGAAGUAUCUGCCUCUUGAUCUGCGUCCCAAGAAGACCAGGGCCAUUCGAAGAAGGCUUACCAAGCACCAGGCCUCAUUGAAGACUGAAAGGGAGAAAAAGAAAGAGAUGUAUUUUCCCUUGAGGAAGUAUGCUAUCAAGGUGUAGGGUGUAGUUCCUUUAGGUUAAGAGAUCUUGGUACCUUAACUUAUAUAUAUCCAUUUGGUCAGCAAAUUUUGGUGGUUUUCUCUUAAAUCUCCUGUUGGACUUGAUCUUAUGCUCUUGUUUGAUUUUUCUAAACUUCGGGGUUACCUCAAACCUAAAGGUGAGAUUCUAGGUUUUUAGGUUUGUGAGUUGAGGUAUGAAUUUCUAUUCUUAUAUAGUUAUAUGUUGAAUGCCUUAAUAGUGUUUUUUGA